CUCAGCCACAGGCAGAGGCUGACUGCCCGCCUGCCCACCUGCUUCCUCCUCCAGCCAGCGGGGACUUCUGCAGAACCAGCAGAUAGCGGGGGCAUGAAGGGAGAACCUGCCCCAGAGUUGGGUUGUUGCCAGAAGACCAAGCUCCUUGGGAGCACAAGGGGCUCCCUGUCCCCUAGCCUGGACUUCCAGCUCUGCCAAGGUGACCAGGUCUUCCCAGCCUGCAGGCCACUUCCAGACACAGUGGAUGCCCAUGGCUCAUCCUGUGCAAGCUGGCUGUGCCCCUUGACACUGGCACCAGCCACAUCUGCCCUGCUGGCCUGCCCCCAGGGCCUGGACCUGUACCUGUGCGCCCUGCAGUCAGCACCCCUAGGCACAGCCUCACAGGGUCUCAGAGAGGAUGCCUUGAGCACAAGGCACCAGCCACCAAGGCUGCAUGCCGGCUCCUCCAGUGACGAGAAACUCAAAGCCAAGUACCCUCCAAGCAGGGACGAAAUGGAAAGCCAGCCGGAAAGAGUUGGCGAGGGGCCCCCCUGCCCAUCCCUCUCUCCUCACAACAGCUCUCCCCCAAACCCCUGGCAGAAUAAAAAGAGCCCCAGCCCCCUGGCUUUCCACUCCUGCCCCCUGCCUGCUCCUAUCUCCAAAGAAUUCCCACCCCACCUGCACCCAUUCUAUCCUGCAUACCCACUUCUCCUGCCUCCACCUUACCUGGUCACCUAUGAAGGUCUACCCUCUGUCCAGUGUCCCCCACUCUUCAUGCUGCCCCAAGACACCUCUUUUACCACCAUGGCUGUGCCCGGCUUGCUGAUGAGUGUCAGUGAGCCUGGGCACUCCAGCGCCCAGGGGGAGACCCUGCAUCUCUACCCAGGGGCCUCUCAAGCCUCUGGCCAAACCCAAACCUCCCAGGCCCAGAAUCCAGGCCCUACAGCUGCCAGGACCUACUCCACAGGGUUGGAGCGUCCUGGCAGGGUAGUUCCAGCAAAGCGGGCCCCACCAGGCUCCCAGGCAGGCUCUGCAGCGCUGCCUUACCCGCUGAAGAAAGAGAACGGCAAAAUCCUGUACGAGUGCAACGUGUGUGGCAAGAGCUUCGGGCAGCUCUCCAACCUUAAGGUCCAUCUGCGUGUGCACAGUGGGGAGCGCCCGUUCCAGUGUGCCCUGUGCCAGAAGAGCUUCACCCAGCUCGCCCACCUGCAGAAGCACCACCUGGUGCAUACUGGGGAGCGGCCCCACGAAUGCCUGAUGUGCCACAAGCGCUUCAGCAGCUCCAGCAACCUCAAGACGCACCUGCGCCUGCACUCAGGAGCCCGGCCCUUCCAGUGCACUGUCUGCCCAAGUCGCUUCACCCAGUACGUUCACCUGAAGCUGCACCAUCGGCUGCAUGCCCCACGGCCCUGUGGCCUUGCUCACACCCACCUUCCCCUGGUGUCUCUGGCCUGCCUUGCCCGAUGGCACCAGGGGUCAUUAGAUCUUGUGGCGGCACCAUCAGAGAGGCAGAUGGGCUGGGAUGUGGAUAAGGUCAACUUGUCCUCUGCAUCCUGGCGAAAGGAAGGACAGCCAAUUUGAGCAAUGAUGCUGGGACUGCCAUGGGGAGGCAGCAGAGACAGAGAAAUUAAAGGGUUUUCUCUGUGAUGAGUUGAGGCCUCCUGAGCUUCAACGAUGGAGGGAAGGUCACUAUGUAUUUGUGAAACUUCACACCCUCCAACCUGGGAGCAGGUCAAGGGGACACCGCCAGGAAGAGACUGCGCUGCCUACCACAUGGGGUGGAUGCCUGCAGCCAUCUGCCUCUGGCUGGGUUUGAGUUCCACUCUCUGGGACCUAUCUGGGACUAGUCCCUCCAUCUCAGCUUGCCGAUGGACAGUCCAGCCUUCUAGGACUCUGCAGGGUGCAGACUGUGCUGCCAAGCACAGGACACGUUGCCCUCUUUUCCGAACAGAUGUUCCAGCACCUGCCCAGAUGUCUAUCUGCUGCUUCUCAUCACCUUCUUGUCCCACAGUUCCUAGAGGCCACUGUGCCCCCUCAGCUGGUACUCCUUGCCAUGAUCAGAUGGGGCAUGCUCCUCCCUCUGUACAUGCCAGGAUCUGAGCUCCCCCUGUGGGAGGGACACGAUCACAAGGAUGUCAGUGUCCAUGCAUGACCCAGAAGCAUCAUGGCCCCCUGUGUGUCAGGACCAGUCAUCACAGAGGGCAAAGGGCUAAGGGGGUGUCGAGCUCAAGGAAGGGGUUGAGGUCCUACAGGGACUGCAGGCAGGUAACAAUUGGCAGAGAGAGCCUGGGGAACUGGGACCAUCCUGAUGGUCUUUCUCCCUGCAGUCCGAGAGGAUCCACUCAAAUGUGCAAGGUGCGCCCCUCCCCCACCUCUAGAGUUAGGCGGCAGCAGGUAGGAAAGGGUAGGAGGCGGCCCAGGUUAUAAUCACCAUAGCUGGUCAACUUCCAGCAAGGGCGCCGUUCGCAAUCCUGUGGGUUUCAGAUUGGCUUCCCCAACAGGGUACUGGGCGAGAUUCCCGCUGGGUUAUAGGGUCUCGGGACCGGGACAGGGACCGAGAGCUCAUAAAGGUCCACCAUGGCAGGGUGAAGACAGGGUCGGUUUCGGCCCUCACGGUCCUGGUUUCCAGCUCACCCCGUCCCCUUUUUGGCCCCGCCCAGCAUGCCAACCGUUCAGGCUAGGCCCCACCCACCUACAAGACCACACUCAGUCCUUCCCCUGGCCUCGCCCUUACGUUCUAGCUCCUCCUCCUGAGGGGGCGGGAAAGACACUUUGCUCAGUCCAGCCUCUUGGCCCGUUUUAGCCCCAGGCCUCUGUUUCCCCGCCUACCUGUGGCAGGUUCAGCUUGGGGGCUGCCAGCCUCCCUCAGGCCAUUGUCGCCUCCGGAGGCCUAAAGAAGUAGCACGGACAGGACCGAGAACUAGGCCACGGGGACUGGGGGAGGUGGGGGCAUCGGGGGGGCGAGGGCUCAGGAAAGUGGCUCGGUUGAGGAUGACCCCUGCAGAGCGCACCCUCUGCCCUGGGGCAUGGGUAGCAUCUGGAUCGGUACCCCCAGCCCUCGGCUCCCUGCGGGCGGGGCACUAUUUGCUCAGGGAGGCGGGCUGGAGGAGGCGCUUCUCUGCAAAUGAGCGGGAUCCGGGUGGACCCGGGGCCUGGAGCAGUCAGGUGACCCGACACCCCGAGCCCGGGACCUUGCCCUUGCCAUGGCCGAGGGGCGCGGGGGCCUGGGGGCCCGUUUGGCCCGCCACCUGGCCAGGCUAGGGGCCCGGAGGAAGCGCAAGGGGAAGCGGACCCCGGAGGAGGCCAGAUCCCAGGAUAGGUGAGGAGUUUGGAGGAGGAGGGCCGCGUGGGGUGCCCCUGGGCAGAAGGGUGUUCAUGUGUGUCUUGAAUGUAGUGGAUGUUCAAAUGAGCGUGUAUGAGUGGGAGCAUAAAAAUAUACCUAUUGGUGUACCAUGAUUUUGGAUAUGUGGACUUUAUAAAGUCCCUGUGCUUUUUUAAAACAUUAAAACAAAUUUUGUAAUUUCCUAA